GCCCCCGCCCUGCUGGGCUCAGGGCCGCCCCAAUGGGAUUCGGUGCGGGGCAGCGGCUGCGCCGGCUCCCGGCGGCGCGGCGCUCGGCCGCGGAGGAGGCGGCCCGCUCCGGGUAGCCACGGCGCAGGACCCGUCGAGGGGAGACCGAGCUUGCCAAGCUGACGCCUGGCGAGGCCAUGGAGCCCGGCGCCCGCGGUGCACCGCCGGCGGGGCCCGCCGGCCCGGGCCUCCUGACCUUGCUGCUGGCCGUCUCCGCCCCGCUCCGGCUGCAGGCUGAGGAGCUGGGUGAUGGCUGUGGGCAUGUUGUGAGCUAUCAGGACAGUGGCACAAUGACAUCUAAGAACUAUCCAGGGACUUACCCCAAUCAUACUGUGUGCGAGAAGACAAUCAGAGUCCCAAAGGGAAAGAGACUGAUUCUGAGGUUGGGAGACUUGGAUAUUGAAUCCAAGACCUGUGCUGCUGACUAUCUUCUCUUCACCAGCUCUUCGGGUAAAUACGGUCCAUAUUGCGGAAGUAUGACCGUGCCCAGAGAACUCUUGCUGAACUCCACUGAAGUUACCGUUCGCUUUGCAAGUGGAUCCCAUGUUUCUGGUCGUGGGUUUUUGCUAUCCUAUGCCAGCAGUGACCAUCCAGAUUUAAUAACGUGUUUGGAACGAGCUAACCAUGAUUUGACGACCGAAUACAGCAAAUUCUGCCCGCCUGGUUGUAAAGACAUAGCAGGAGAUGUUUCUGGGAAUAUGGUAGAUGGUUAUAGAGAUACCUCCUUACUGUGCAAAGCCGCCAUCCAUGCAGGAAUCAUUGCGGAUGAACUGGGGGGCCAGAUCAGCGUGCUUCAGCGCAAAGGCUUAAGUCGGUAUGAGGGACUCUUGGCCAACGGUGUGCUCUCAAGAGGGGGUUCCCUGUCAGACAAGCGAUUUCUGUUUACUUCCAAUGCUUGCAGCAGAUCCUUGACCUUGGAAGCUGACAGACAAAUCAGAGCUUCUUCUUCUUGGCAUUGGGCCAAUGAGAUUGGAGAACAAGUUCACUGGUCCCCUGGCCAAGCCCGACUACAGGACCAAGGCCCUUCCUGGGCCUCAGGAGACAGCAGCAGCAACCACAAACAACGAGAGUGGCUGGAGAUCGACUUAGGGGAGAAAAAGAAAAUAACAGGAAUUUGGACCACGGGAUCCACACAGUCAAAUUUUAACUUUUAUGUGAAGAGUUUUGUGAUAAACUUCAAAAACAACAACUCAAAGUGGAGGACCUAUAAAGGAAUAGUGAAUAAUGAGGAAAAGGUGUUUCAGGGUAACUCUAACUUCCGGGACCCUGUGAGGAACAAUUUUAUCCCUCCCAUCGUGGCCAGAUAUGUGCGGGUUGUCCCUCAGACAUGGCACAAGAGGAUAGCCUUGAAAGUGGAACUCAUUGGUUGCCAGAUUGCACAAGGGGGGACCGUCGCCACUGUCGCUGUCCCAUUGGUGCUGCUAGUGGUCCUGCUAUUUACAGGAUUGGGAGUCUUUGCAGCCUUCAGAAAGAGGAAGAAGAAAGGAAAUCCGUAUGGAGCAACUGAAGCUCAGAAACCAGGCUGUUGGAAGCAGAUUAAGUAUCCCUUUGCCAGACAUCAGUCAACUGAAUUUACCAUCAGCUAUGACAAUGAGAAGGAGUUGACGCAAAAGUUAGAUCUCAUCACAAGUGACAUGGCAGAUUACCAACAGCCGCUCAUGAUUGGCACCGGAACAGUCACUAGGAAAGGCUCCACCUUCCGGCCCAUGGACACCGAGGCUGACAAGACAGGGGAAAGCCCUGAAACUGGGAGCCACUACGAUUGCCCUCCUCGUCCUGGCGGGCACGAGUAUGCACUGCCCUUGACGCACACGGAGCCCGAGUACGCCACGCCCAUCGUGGAAAGGCACCUGCUACGGGCUCACACCUUCUCUGCACAGAGCGGAUACCAUGUCCCGGGAUCCGGGCAGGCUCACAAACAUUCCCUCUCUUCUGGUGAAUUUUCCCCCAGCGCUACGACCCGAGACUAUCACAAGCCCCAGAGCCCCACGCCGGCAGACCAGGGCUAUGACAAGCCCAAAGCCAAUAGCGUCUUGGCCUCACAUAGCAGAGACCCAGAUGCUCAGGAGCCGCGGAUGAAUCUGGGAGUGAAUGAUGGUUAUGCAGCUCCCAGAGACUGCCUCCAAGCCCUCCAGGACGCUGCUCCACCUGCUGUUUAGUGAACACAAUGUGAACCUACUGUUGGCCCUCAGUGGCCGUCUGUGAGCUCCUGGAAGAAGAGGCACUGCUGUCCAGGGUGUGUGUGUGUGUGUGUGUGUGUGCGCGCGCGCGCAGAAAGAGUGAAUGAGCGUGCCAAUUCAUAGGAUCCUGGAGAGGACCUCUCCAACUGUUUACAAAAUUGUGCAGCUGAUACUGUCCUGACACAGAGGGCAAGAAUCUGUUGAGUUGUGUUGGACUGGAAGAAUGAAAAUUUUAAACUGG